AUGCCGUUUGAGUGGGGAGUCGAACAAGAUAAAGCUCGUCAGUAUAUUAUUGACUGUUUAACAAACGAACCCGUCCUUGGCAUUUACGACCCUCGGUUACCUACGGAGGUGCACACAGAUGCAAGCGCUACCGGUUACGGUGCAGUCUUAAUACAGAUUCAUGAGGGUGGGCUUAGGCGUGCAGUAGCGUAUUUCAGUAAAUCAACCCAAGGCGCGAAACCCAAAUAUCAUUCCUAUGAAUUAGAAACUAUAGCCGUAGUUAAAGCUCUCCAGAAUUUUAGAAAGUACUUGUUAGGCGUAUCCUUUAAAAUUGUUACGGACUGUAACACUCUAAAGCUAACCGAGCGUAAAAAGGAUUUUCUUCCCCGUGUAGUUAGGUGGUGGUUAUCCAUGCAAGAUCCAAACCAAAGACCAAAGACCCAACUUAUUUUAAAUAGUACAAAACACAGUACGACCAAUAUGUCUCCCCUUCAGUUGCUUAUCGGAAGCGACUCUUCCACCCCAGUUAUACGUGCUCUUGUCCUAGAUGUUGCAAUAGAUAUUGCUACCCCAAACCGCGAAGAGCUUAUGGCGCUGUGA